AUGAAGUGUGGUGACCCCGACGUGAUCGACCUCAUUCCUGUGUCGCCCAUCACCCAGUUCAAACACGGGUCUUAUCAACGUAGAGAGGCAAGCACACAAACCACUGAGGUAGCCUCAGUUCCCUUGUAUCCUAACAUUGAGGAUCCCAGCCCUAUUGAAUGGCUGCAGCAGUUUCUGUUGCUACGUAUUGCUACAGGUAGGCAGACAGUCGUUCCCGUUUACGACGAUACCACGGUGCAGGAAGGAAUCAGCGCCGAUUCUCAGAAGUUACUAGUUUCCCUUCGUGCUAACAAAUUAAAAGUCGCCAAUGAUACAGAGAAAUUGGAAAUCGUUAAUGAAACUAAGAUAUUAGUAGAGCCCAACGAUGUCGAAAAAAUAGUGGGGGGCAAGAAUGCUCGUCCUGGCCAAUUUCCUUACACGGUAUCCCUCAAAGUGUGGAACCAGCACAUUUGUGGGGGUGCCAUUAUCAAUAAAAAUCACAUCCUCACUGCGGCGCAUUGUGUGUUAGCCGUUACUCCAAACAUAAAACAUGUGACCGUUGUAACUGGUACCAUUUACCGUACGCAUGGUGGCCAAAGCCACAAAGUGAUCGCGAUGUAUAGCUCGGAGAAUUUUAAUGUUUCUACAGACAUUGGUAUUGCCAAGAUCGAUGGCGCUAUCGAUUUCAACGCUUACCAACAACCAAUUGCACUUGCCACCAGCAGGCCACCACCAAAUUUCUACGCUGUUGUAAGCGGUUGGGGUAGUACAAAAACUCCUCGAACCCGAGAUCCUAACACGCAGAAAUAUCUUUACGUAAAGAUGAUCGACUCUAAUCUGUGUAGAAGAAUAUACAGACACGUAACCACAGAAAUUUGCACUUUCAAAGCUGUCAACCACGGCGUAUGCAGCGGAGACAGCGGCAGUCCACUGGUUUACAAUGGCCACGUUGUUGGCGUUACAUCUCGCGGUAUUCCUUGCGCAAAAGGAUUCCCAGAUAUUUUCACCAGUGUCUACGACAACCUCGAUUUCAUUCGUACAAAAAUGCAAACCUAA